AUGGUUUCUCAUUUUCAAGAACAAGAAUUCCUUGUACAAAAUCCGAUCUUUGAUGCCCUUUACUGUGAAGAAGAGCGUUUUGAUGAAGUUUUGGGAGGUGGGUUUGACUUUCAAUCGCCAGAAAUUGAGGAUUCUAAUGAGAUUCAUAAUAAACAUUUAGUUUUUCUAUUUGAGCAUGACCGUUUUUGGGAGGAUGACGAGCUGGUGACCCUCUUGUCCAAGGAGAAAAAACAAGUUCAUUUGAGUUAUAAUGAAAUGAACUCAGACGGAUCUUUAAUAAUGAAAGAUAAGCCAUGGAUGAGUCAAUUGACUGCUGUUGCUUGUCUUUCUUUAGCUGCCAAGGUGGAGGAAACUCAAGUCCCUCUUCUUCUGGACCUUCAAGUGGAAGAAUCCAAGUAUGUGUUUGAAGCGAAGACUAUUCAGAGAAUGGAGCUUUUGGUGCUUUCUACUCUCAAAUGGAAGAUGAAUCCUGUGACUCCGAUUUCAUUCUUUGACCAUAGUUUAAGGCGAUUUGGAUCGAUGACUAAUCUACACUGGGAGUUUAUGAGGAGGUGUGAGAGUUUUCUUCUCUCAAUCAUCACUGAUCAUAGGCUUGAACAUUAUCUUCCAUCUGUUAUUGCUGGCGCAACAAUGAUAUAUGUGAUUAGAGAGAUUAAGCCUUGUAAUGCAAUGAAGUACGAAAAUCAUCUAAUGGAUGUGCUCAGAAUCAGCAAGGAAUCUAUUGACGAAUGCUCUAAACUUAUCCGGGAGGUAAUAUAUGGUGAUGGCAACAAGCCCUGCCUCAAACGUAAAUGGGAGUCUGUGCCAAAUAGCCCACACGGUGUCAUUGAUGCAUAUUUUAGCUCUGAUAGCUCUCGCAAUUCAUGGGUCAGCUCAUCACCCGUUUCAUCAUCUCCUGAACCUUUGUUUAAGAGAAGCAGAGCUCGGGAUCAGCACAUGAGACUGGCUUCCCUAAGCAGUGUGUCUGUAGGUGUGGGUAGUACCCCUCAUUGA